UUGAAGCUAGACCACCAUGGAAAACCUAGAGGCACUGACCUGCCAUUUGGUCCCAGUAUGAGACUACUCAAUAGUGCGAAUCCAUAAUUCUACUCACAAUACUUAAUCCCAGGACCUUCAGUACAAAGUACAAACGCUUAACUUUCACACCGCUGAGCCGGAAUCCAAGGGUGUUCAAUCAAUCUACAAAGUUUUGUCUAAAAUAGAAAUGGAUUGAUUAUCAUUUGGGAGUUCUUAGGUUUCUUUGUUUCUGGUAUUCAAAUGAUGAUAACCGUAUGAUAAACUAUAAUUUAUGUCCAGAUUGAUUUUCUAAUCAAGUCAAUUGGAUAUAACUGAGAUUGAGUAGAUAAAUACAGAACAGGACUCUGAUUAUAUUUUCACAAUACAUUUGAGAAGACAGAAUGGGACGAUGAUUGGGAGGAAAAAUUUAUUUAAUUAUAGAAAGAGAUGGUGAUACGUUAUACUUUAAAAGGCGAAUUGUACUGGGUUCGAGUAUCAGAGUGAACACCAACUCCAGAAUGAAGGUAUAUCCAGGUGACGAAUCCUAAAUAGUCCUAGAUUCUACUGCUAGCAACCAUCUAUCUCUGCUUAUACCUUAAAAUAAGUUAGUAAUAGAAGGAAAAAGUUUCAUGUCGUCAUCUAAGUUUUUUAUCCAACUUCAUUCAGGUCUAACUGAGGCGUUUCUAAGUUACUCCUUUGGUCAAAACCUAUCAUCAUCAUCAUCAUCAUCAUCAUCAUCAUCAUCAUCAUCAUCAUCAUCAUCAUCAUCAUCAUCAUCAUCAUCAUCAUCAUCAUCAUCAUCAUCAUCAUCAUCAUCAUCAUCAUCAUCAUCAUCAUCAUCAUCAUCAUCAUCAUCAUCAUCAUCAUCAUCAUCAUCAUCAUCAUCAUCAUCAUCAUCAUCAUCAUCAUCAUCAUCAUCAUCAUCAUCAUCAUCAUCAUCAUCAUCAUCAUCAUCAUCAUCAUCAUCAUCAUCAUCAUCAUCAUCAUCAUCAUCAUCAUCAUCAUCAUCAUCAUCAUCAUCAUCAUCAUCAUCAUCAUCAUCAUCAUCAUCAUCAUCAUCAUCAUCAUCAUCAUCAUCAUCAUCAUCAUCAUCAUCAUCAUCAUCAUCAUCAUCAUCAUCAUCAUCAUCAUCAUCAUCAUCAUCAUCAUCAUCAUCAUCAUCAUCAUCAUCAUCAUCAUCAUCAUCAUCAUCAUCAUCAUCAUCAUCAUCGAAAACCACCCUUCACUAAUGUUUCUUCAAAACAACAUAAUGAUACAUAUUGACUUUUAGAUGCCAACAAUUCGGUCAUGACUCAACAACUUCUUCAGCAAUCAAAUCAUGUUUUCUCAGCUGAGCGAGCGAGCGAGAGAUUGACAAAGGCGUAAUUAGUUCAAUCAACAAUCAUUUAGAUAAUAUUAAUUAUGACUUGACAAUUAUGUCAUAGAAACAACAAUUCAGUGUUAAUUACACAAUCUAAUUUGGGUUUUUUUUGGUCUUAGAUCAAUUCCGAAAAGACAAUUCUUUCUUAUAUAAUUACGUGCCUUUCAAAUUGUUGAAAUAAUAGAGGUUGAUGGUUGCGAUGAUUGGUGUAUAAUUGCGUAAUCAUUUCGAUGGUUUAAGGUUGUAAAUGAUUUCUUUCUUCUGGAGUACACCUUUUGAAAAUCUUGUGAACAAGAUGGUUGCAAGCCAAGAUGGAAAGUGGCUAUCAGUGG